CCACACAGACGUCAGUCCGCUGUGAAACCGCUCGGUCAAAGAUGGCGGACUCGCAGUCGACGGGUCUGGGGGAGGAAACGGCGAAGGCGAGCUGGGGCAGCACCGCCUGGAAGACGCCGAGAUUUGAGAGACCCAAGGAUACGGUCGGGGGAGCGGGGAACUUGCGGUUCGACGACAACGAUGGCGGCCACAACAAGGGAAGGAAACGCAACCUGUCAGAUUUGUCUCUGGUCAGGUUUGUCACUACUGAGCUGACCAGGGGUUAUUUCCUGGAGCACAACGAGGCCAAAUACACAGAGCGCCGAGAAAGAGUGUACACCUGCCUACGUAUUCCUAAGGAGUUGGAGAAGUUGAUGACGUUCGGCUUCUUCCUCUGUCUGGACGCCUUUCUCUACGUCUUCACGCUGUUGCCCCUCAGAGUGCUGCUGGCCCUUCUAAAGCUUAUCACGGUGCCAUGCUGCGGCCUCGGAGGGACUCGACUGCUCCAGCCAGCGCAGGUGUGUGACGUCCUAAAAGGUUUCAUCAUGGUGCUGUGUUACUCCAUGAUGAGCUACGUUGACUACGCCAUGAUGUACCACCUCAUCCGGGGCCAGUCAGUCAUCAAACUCUACAUCAUCUACAAUAUGCUAGAGGUGGCGGACCGCCUCUUCUCGUCUUUCGGCCAGGAUAUCCUGGAUGCGCUCUACUGGACGGCCACGGAACCCAAAGAGAAGAAGAGGGCGCACAUUGGCGUCAUCCCCCACUUUCUCAUGGCCGUGCUCUAUGUCUUUCUCCACGCCAUCCUCAUUAUGGUCCAGGCCACCACGCUCAAUGUCGCCUUCAACUCCCACAACAAGUCUCUCCUCACCAUCAUGAUGUCGAACAACUUUGUGGAGAUCAAAGGAAGCGUCUUCAAAAAGUUUGAGAAGAACAACCUUUUCCAGAUGUCAAAUAGCGAUAUAAAAGAGAGGUUCACAAACUACAUCCUCCUGCUCAUCGUCUGCCUGAGAAACAUGGAGCAGUUCUCCUGGAAUCCUGAUCACUUGUGGGUGCUAUUUCCCGACGUCGCCAUGGUGAUCGCCUCUGAGGUGACCGUCGAUGUCGUCAAGCACGCGUUCAUCACCAAAUUCAACGACAUCAGUGCUGACGUGUACGGAGAAUACCGAGCCAGUCUCGCCUUUGACCUCGUCAGCAGUCGGCAGAAAAAUGCCUACACAGACUACAGCGACUCUGUCUCCAGAAGAAUGGGCUUCAUUCCUCUUCCUUUAGCACUGCUGCUGAUACGAGUGGUCAGCAGCUCAGUGAAGAUCCAGGGUUCGCUCUCCUUCAUAUGUGUGCUGCUCUUUUAUUUGGGGCUGAUCACCCUGAAGGUGCUCAACAGCAUAGUUCUGCUCGGCACAUCUUGCAUGUUCGUCAAAGAGGCCAACAUGGAGGAGAAGCUCUUCCACCCGCCGCCUUCUGCCGGCUCCAGCCGCGUCAACUCCAGGGCUAAUCGAACCAAGGCAGCGCAUACUGCGCCCCAGCAAGAACCUGCCACAGACAAAGGAGGAAUACCCUUGGCGUCGGUCAGCCCUCAGCCCGCACACGUGCCAGAAAUCCCCGCCCCCACCGCGCUCCCUAAGAGUGACUCUGAUGCUUUCCUCACCACCCCCGACGAUGGGGAGGACGAUGUCAUUAAAAUCAUCAACAACGACACGGGGCUGGACGAGGACGUGCUCGCGCGUAGAACGCCCAAAAAAGACUUGCUGGAGAUAGACCGCUUCACCAUAUGCGGAAACCGCAUCGACUGAACGCCACCGGGGGGCCGGGGGUGGGGUCUUUGACCCGGAGGCGCACCACGGAUCAGGGUCCCACACACUCAGCUGACACAAUCAGUAUUUAUUAAUUUAUUACUGACAGAAACCAGCCAAGGAAUUCAGCUGUUACUAUAGGAUGUCCCGCCAAAGGACCACCGGGCUCGUAGGGCCCGUUUGCCACACGACCAUGGGAGCGAGCGCGUGGCGUGUCAAGCAUCUCGUCGAGAGAAAAUGUGAAAAUAUGCCGAGUUGGUUUGCUGUGCUUUAUUACAGCUGCAUUGUGUUUGCUCAAACACAAUCCACAGAUGUCAGCCAGGUACAAAACUUUUUUUUUUUUCAACUUUGGAAAAUUCUUACAUUUUAAAGGAUUUUUAUGGGAGCGAAAAAAAAAAUCUCUGUUUUUAUGGAAAAUGUCAGGUGAUAGACAAGCCAGCUGGAAUCUUCAUGCCGUUACAAGGCUGUCAUUUUGAAACCAGUUACUGAGUCACUGAAGAUGACUGCACUGACAACAAACACAGGUGUAAAUGUAGCCCAACAACUUUUUAGAUCAAAUUAUGUAGGGUUUAUUCUUCUUUAAAAAUACCUGCACUCAAUUACCGUGGCAACAUUUUUUGAAGUUAUCACGUUUUUUUUUUUAACUAUUGUUUUUUAACUUGCACUCAGUAACUUAAUCUUUGCAGCUAAAAUCUUUAUCAUUCAAAUAGUGUUGCACAUUUUUUUUUUUUUUUUGCAUCCUCAUUCUUAUUUGUCAUGCUUCAAUAUUGGGGUCUAUUUAGAGCAGAGGUGUCCAAAUUCUGACCCGGGGGCCAUUGCCAGCCCGCAGCUCUAAAAAAAAAAGAAAAAAGGAAUUCUAAAGUUAAAUUUAGGCAGUCUGAUUUAGAAAGGAAAAAUAAGGCCAUUCUGUUAAAAAAAAAAAAAAUUAACACAAAGCUGAAAAGGACGCUAUUUUUUCAGCAUAUUGUGACAGACAUUAGCUCACUUUUUUAAGUUUUUUUUUAAUACACGGUUAAGAAUAUCAAAAUGGUCACUGCAUAUUUUAAUCACAGUGCAGGGGAAAAUUUUGGAAACCUCUCUUUUAGAGUACAGUAGAUCCCGCUACUUGCCAGGGUUCCCACCCGAUCACAAAAAUAGAUGCAGCCUCAAAAUUCCUGUUUUUAGUCUCUAAAAAAAAAACAACCGGAUAAUAUUCCUCGCACUCUUUUUACCUUUGUGAUGCAUCAUGGUCACUAUAUUGGACACCCAUUCAAAAGCUGAAUUUUUUAAAUUAAUUUAAAAUUCAAAGUUGCUAUUGUGUCCUGCCAUACCCUGCCACCUGUUGGUCAGCUGUUCUAAAUGCAAAAAAACGGACAUUCAUAAGUGCAAAAUGGGAGGAAUAUCUGUCCAUUCCUCUUUUUCUAGGAAAGCCAUGCAGGUACAAAAGUUUAGGAACAUCAAUAAUGAAUAAGAGUUAACAUUUCUGAGGUUUGAUUUUGUGUUAUGAAGAAAUUGUGAUGUAUUUUGUGUCCACUAAAUUGGCCAUCGUGCAUCACUGGCUAUAUUUUGAAUUCUAUGCAUAGUAUUGCUGUGAGUUUUGAAGAUUCAUAAUGUGCAGUAACUUUCUGGCUGCGAAUCAAUUAAUGAAUGCUAUUAGAAUAUAAAUGUUGUUUUUUUUUAAUAUAAGAAAAAAACAUUUUUUGUAGUCAGGUUGUUUUGCAAUAUAUUUAACAAUAUUGAAAUAUGUUAAAAUAUGUGAACAUAUUUUUAAAGUUAAUGAAAAAUAUUUUAUACUGUUUACAAAAUUGUAUUUCUUUUUUUAAAUUAUUUUUAAGGAAUGUAUUUCAUCAAUUAAACGCAUGUUGUUCACCGUAGUGGACACUUUUCAACUCCUUGUUAAUUGUAUGUUUUUAAUAUUUUUUUUUAUGUUUUCCAUGCCAAGAGAGUAAUGGUAAAAGGCAAGGCAAGUUUAUUUAUAAAAGACAAUUUGCACACAAGGCAAUUCAAAGUACUUUACAGAAAAUUACAAGAAGGCCAAGAAUGAAAAUACAUUAAUCAUAAUUAGAAUAAAAUAUCCAAGUAAAGUCAUUAUAAAAACAAUUAUGAUUCACUUCAGAGAGUGCAGAUAAACUACUUUCAUUUGUCAUAUGCACAAUUUAAAUAAAUGGAGGACUAUUUCGGAUUUGAAACGCAAUCUCACUGGAUAGAUAGUACUUUAUUGAUUCUUUCAGGAUAGUUCCCUCAGGAAAAUUAAAAUAUAUAUGUUCGAUCCUCACUCUGUGAGGAUGUCAGAGCGGGAGAUGGUUCAUAUGCUUCUAACAUGUCAGAGAUGGACUUCGGCACAAGACCAUGAACAAACUUGUACACAAGCAGAGCUCUUUUAGAGUAUUUUCUCUGAGAAACUGGAAGCCAUUGCAGUUGCCAAAGAGGAACUGGACUAAUAUGGUCGUAUUUCCUGGUUCUUGUCAGGACUCGAGCAGCAGCAUGGGUGUACUGAAGCUGCCCAGGGAUAAGGCCAUUACGGUAGUCAGACAAAGGCAUGGAUUAGUCUUUCUACUGUAAGUCUGAUUUCGACAUUAUUCCUCUGAUUUUGGCAAUGUUUUUAUGUGGUCAAAAACUGCUGAUGUUAUUGACUUAACGUGGCUUUUAAAGUUCAAGUCUUUGUCCAUUAUUACCCUGAGAUUUCUAACUUGAUUAAUAGGUUUUAGUGAGAGUUUUAAGGUGACUAAUAAUAGUGUCUCUUUGCUUCUUCGCGCCAAAGACAAUUGGUUCACUUUUGUCGGAGUUGAGCCGAAGAAAAUUGUUUUGCAUCCACACACUGGUCUGUUCCAUGCAGCGACAAAGUGAAUCAACCUACCGUCAGGGACACGUAGAUCUGAGUGUCAUCUGCGUAGCUGCGUUUAAGCUAAGUAUUAUCCGGCCUAUUGGAAGCAUGUACAAGUUGGAACAAUAGGGGUCCUAAAGUUGAGCCCUGAGGAACCCCACAGGUCAUAGCCAUUUCCAAAGUUAGCAAUUUCCUCAAGAAUGUCCUGUGAUCGAGACAGGGGUUGAUCCAGUCAAGAACAGGCAGCAUGUACAGGCUGGAACAAUAGGGGUCCUAAAGUGGAGCCCUGAGGAUUCCCACAGUUACCAAUUUCAUCAAGACUGGACUGGACUCUCACUUUUAUGUUAGAUUCACUAUGGACUGGACUUUCAGAAUAUUUUGUUAGACCCACUCGACGUCCAUUGCAUCCGGUCUCCCCUAGAAGGGGGGGAUGGUCACCCACAUCUGUGGUCCUCUCCAACGUUUCUCAUAGUCAUUCACAUUGACAUCCCACUGGGUUGUGAGUUUUUCCUUGCCCUUAUGUGGCUACUGAAUCGAGGAUGUCAUUGUGGCUUGUGCAGCCCUUUGAGACACUUGUGAUUUAGGGCUAUAUAAAUAAACAUUGAUUAAGUGAUUGAUCAGGAGUGUCCUGUGCUCGAGAUAGGACUUGAACCAGUCAAGAACAGGCAGCAUGUACAGGCUGGAACAAUAGGGGUCCUAAAGUGGAGCCUUGAGGAUUCCCACAGUUACCAAUUUCAUCAAGACUGGACUGGACUCUCACUUUUAUGUUAGAUUCACUAUGGACUGGACUUUCAGAAUAUUUUGUUAGACCCACUCGACGUCCAUUGCAUCCGGUCUCCCCUAGAAGGGGGGGAUGGUCACCCACAUCUGUGGUCCUCUCCAACGUUUCUCAUAGUCAUUCACAUUGACAUCCCACUGGGUUGUGAGUUUUUCCUUGCCCUUAUGUGGCUACUGAAUCGAGGAUGUCAUUGUGGCUUGUGCAGCCCUUUGAGACACUUGUGAUUUAGGGCUAUAUAAAUAAACAUUGAUUAAGUGAUUGAUCAGGAGUGUCCUGUGCUCGAGAUAGGACUUGAACCAGUCAUGAACAGGCAGCAUGUAUAGGCUGUAACAAUAGGGGUCCUAAAGUUGAGCCCUGAGGAUUCCCACAGUUACUUAUUUCAUCAAGACUGGACUGGACUCUCUCUGUUAUGUUAGAUCCACUAUGGACUGGACUUUCACAAUAUUAUGCUAGACCCACUCGACGUCCAUUGCAUCCGGUCUUCCCUAGAGGGGGGUGGUCACCCACAUCAGCAGUCCUCUCCAACAUUUCUCAUAGUCAUUCACAUUGACAUCCCACUGGGUUCUGAGUUUUUCCUUACCCUUAUGUGGGUACUAAACCGAGGAUGUCGUUGUGGCUUGUGCAGCCCUUCGAGACACUUGUGAUUUAGGGCUAUAUAAAUAAACAUUGAUUGAUAGAUUGAUCAAUCAAGAAUGUCCUGUGAUCGAGAUAGGACUUGAACCAGUCAAGAACAGGCAGCAUGUACAGGCUGGAACAAUAGGGGUCCUAAAGUUGAGCCCUGAGGAUUCCCACAGUUACCAAUUUCAUCAAGACUGGACUGGACUCUCACUAUUAUGUUAGAUCCACUAUGGACUGGACUUUCACAAUAUUAUGCGAGACCCACUCGACGUCCAUUGCAUCCGGUCUUCCCUAGAGGGGGGUGGUCACCCACAUCAGCAGUCCUCUCCAAGGUUUCUCAGAGUCAUUCACAUUGACAUCCCACUGGGUUGUGAGUUUUUCCUAGCUCUUAUUUGGGAUCUGAACCGAGGAUGUUGUGUGGCUUGUGCAGCCCUUUGAGACACUUGUGAUUUAGGGCUAGUUAAAUAAACAUUGAUUGAUAGAUUGAUCAAUCAAGAAUGUCCUGUGAUCGAGACAGGACUUGAACCAGUCAAGAACAGGCAGCAUGUACAGGCUGGAACAAUAGGGGUCCUAAAGUUGAGCCCUGAGGAUUCCCACAGUUACCAAUUUCAUCAAGACUGGACUGGACUCUCACUUUUAUGUUAGAUUCACUAUGGACUGGACUUUCACUUUUAUGUUAGAUUCACUAUGGACUGGACUUUCAGAAUAUUUUGUUAGACCCACUCGACGUCCAUUGCAUCCGGUCUCCCCUAGAAGGGAGGGUGCUCACCCACAUCUGCGGUCCUCUCCAAGGUUUCUCAGAGUCAUUCACAUUGACAUCCCACUGGGUUGUGAGUUUUUCCUAGCUCUUAUUUGGGAUCUGAACCGAGGAUGUUGUGUGGCUUGUGCAGCCCUUUGAGACACUUGUGAUUUAGGGCUAUAUAAAUAAACAUUGAUUGAUUGAUUGAUCAGGAGUGUCCUGUGAUCGAGAUAGGACUUGAACCAGUCAAGAACAGGCAGCAUGUACAGGCUGGAACAAUCGGGGUCCUAAAGUUGAGCCCUGAGGAUUCCCACAGUUACCAAUUUCAUCAAGAAUGUCCUGUAAUCGCGAUAGGACUUGAACCAGUCAAGAACAGAACCGGAUAUUCCCACCCAGUUUUCUAAUCCCCUGUAAAACGAUAGAAUGGUCAACUUAGAUCCAGCAGAAACCAAGACUGAGAACUUUCCUGCGUCUGUGUUGAGGCGGAUAUCAUUUGUCAAUGUAUCGCAGUGUUAAAUAAAAUUUUACACUAUACAAAAUAAAUUGUAGGCGUAUAGUAUUUUUCAAAACGUGAAGUUUUCAACAAUACGUCUUGUCAAAGCAUCUUCCUGAUGGAAAAUGAGUGAAGUGACUUGCGUGACAAAUAGCACCAUCAAACCUCUUUGUUUAAUUUGCCAAAAUAGUAAUUAUUAACAAUUUAAAACAAUUAAAUUUGCAAAUAUGCGGGGAGUGAAAUAGCCGUGGAUCUACUGUACUUCCAAUAUCGUGAAGGUUCUCGUUUUUGUUUUACUUUUAUUUUGAAAAUAAUACCGCAGUUGCAUUUUGGUUGUUUUGUUGAAUAUUGUUCUGGUUUGGAUAUGAUUCCACUGCCCCCAAAAAAUAGUUAGAAUGUCAUCAUUGCAGAGAUAAUUCAAAUUAGGUUAAACUUAAAGUACCACUGAUAGUCUCACACACACACUAGGUGUGGUGAAAUUACCCUCUGAAUUUGACCCAUUCCCUUUUUCCACCCCCUGGGAGGUGAGGGGAGCCGUAAGCAGCAGCGGUAGCCGCACCCGGGAAUCAUUUUGGUCAUUUAACCCCCAAUUCCAACCUUUGAUGCUGAGUGCCAAGCGGGGAGGUAAUGGGUCCCAUUUUUAUUACAGUCUUUGGUAUGACUCAGCCGGGGUUUGAACUCACGGCCUACCGAUCUCAGGGCGGACACUCUAGUCCAAGCAUAAUCUAAGGAAUUUUAUUUUCAUCCCUUUUCACAGUGAAGGGAAACAUUCAGAUUGGGUUAGAUCUGAUUUCAAUUCUUAGUUUGAACUGGAAGGCACUCGUAUAUCAUCUUGUGUAACAUUCUAUACCUCAAUAACGCCUACACAAUGUACUUAUUCAUGAUCUCAUAGGAGCACCAUAAACAAUGUUGAUUAAUUAUGCCAAAUGUUUUUUGUUUUUCUUGAUUUGCUCCGUAUCAUUUCUGCCAUGUCUGUGUCACAGUUCUUUUUCGCCACGGAAGAAGGAGAAUAAAAUAGUUGUUUUGUAA